AUGGUGGUUAAAAUUAUCAUCAUCGGGGCUGGAGUUGGUGGUACAGCAGCAGCUGCUAGACUUAGCAAAAAAGGAUUUCAAGUAGAAAUUUAUGAAAAAAAUUCAUAUAAUGGUGGAAGAUGUUCACUCAUUUAUCAAAACGGACAUCGAUUUGAUCAAGGUCCAUCAUUGUAUCUAAUGCCUAAAAUAUUUGAGGAGACAUUCGAAGAUUUGGGGGAGGACAUUAAAAAUCACAUAGAGUUAUUGAAGUGUCCUUCUAAUUACUAUGUACAUUUUCACGACGGGGAAACAUUCGAACUUACCACAGAUAUAGCAAAAUUAUCUCGUUCUUUGGAAAAAUACGAAGGCAGUGGUGAAUCAACAUUAAUUAAUUUUUUAAAUUAUUUAAAGCAAACUCAUUUGUACUAUCAAAAGAGCGUUAAAAAGGCACUCCAGACCGAUUUCCAACAUUGGUAUGAUUUUUUCAAUCCAAGACAUAUACCAGACGUAAUCCAAUUGCAUCUAUUGGACACUGUUUACAACAAAGUGUGCAAGUAUUUCAAGAGCGACUACAUGAGAAAGGCAUUUUCAUUCCAGACUAUGUACUUGGGAAUGUCACCAUAUGACGGUUUGGCUCUCUAUAGUUUACUGCAGUACACUGAAAUAGCAGAAGGGAUUUGGUAUCCGAAAGGAGGCUUCCAUAAAGUUUUGGAAAUUCUUGAAAACAUUGCUGUAAAACAUGGGGCAAAGUUCAACUAUAAUGCCGAUGUGCAAAAAAUAAUAAUUGAUGACAAAGGAGUGGCGAAAGGGAUCAAAUUGGUAAAUGGUGAUGUUGUAAAUAGUGACAUUGUAAUUUGUAAUGCAGAUCUCACAUAUGCGUACAACAAACUUUUGCCAAAAACAUCAUACGCUGAAAAACUUGACAAAAAAGAACAUACUUCAUCUUCGAUAUCAUUUUAUUGGUCCAUGAAUACAAUCGUGUCACAGUUGAAUGUACACAAUAUUUUUUUGGCUGAAAAAUAUAAAGAAAGCUUUGACCAAAUAUUCAAGGAUCACACAUUGCCCGAUGAUCCAUCGUUUUAUGUUAACGUUCCCAGUCGCAUCGAUCCGACAGCAGCCCCUGAAGGAAAAGACUCAAUCGUAGUUUUAGUACCAGUUGGACAUAUGUCGAAUGUACCUAAUAUUGAUUUCGAUGAACUUGUGAAGAAAGCUAGGGAACAAGUAAUCGAUACAAUCGAGAAAAGAUUGAAGAUAUCAAACUUCAGAAGUAUGAUCGAUCAUGAGAAAGUGAAUGAUCCGAGAACAUGGAAAAACGAAUUCAAUUUAUGGAAAGGGUCUAUACUAGGAUUAUCUCAUACAUUUUUGCAGGUUGUAUGGUUCAGACCUAGUUUAAAAUGUAACAUAUUUAAAAACUUGUACUUUGUUGGUGCUUCGGCGCACCCAGGUACUGGUGUACCAGUAGUUUUAUGUGGUGCAAAAUUGCUAGAGAAUCAGUUGUGUGAUAGGUUCUUGGAGAGUAAAGUUAAAUUAAGCUUGUGGUCGAAGAGUGUUUCAUUUUUAAUCAGCCUCCUAGCACUUCUGUUUGUUUGGAUUUCUUUUAUGCUGUAUAAACCGUUUUAA